GUGCAGCAUAGACGUGAUGUAGGUCGACGAAGUCGGAGUUCCACUUUAUUCAAAUUUUGCAGCACAAAGACGUUGUAACAGUCUCGUUUUUAAUUUAACGUUGUUUUGUCAGCUGUUUUGAAGAAUAUAGAAUUUGUUUUCUUUCUCUGUUUCUAUCUCCGAUCUGCAUUGACGGUCUAUUAGCAACAACAGGUGAGAAAAGUUUUAAGCUAGUAAAGAAGGGACAAGAUACCUUUGGACGAAUAUAAGAGGGAUUCAAGCAGGCAAGAUGAGCCAAGAAGAACUUUUGGCAAACCUGAAGAAGGAUGUCCGCUCUUUGCUUGUUUCAUCCAAGAUGGGUUUGGACCCUGAUCAGCUCAGAAAAGACUACUUCAACAUGUUGGGACAUCCAAUGCCCCUGAAAUGUUUGGGCUUCAGGAACAUUAUGGAUAUGGUUAGAGAGAUGCCUGAUGUAGUGUCUAUUAACUACAGAGCAGAUGGAAGCCCAUAUUUAAAGGUUGUGAGUGAUGAUUCCACUCGACACAUUGAGGAGCUUGUGGCCAAGCAGCGGAUGUCUAAGACUGACAAAGUUAAGAGGGAAGGAUUUAGCUGUUACUAUCCACGUUACAAUCAUGUUGCCCUCCCUAGAAAAGGUAGUGCUCCUCUAGCCCUACCUCCCCAUCUGAGAGCACAGUUACGCCUCCUACUCUCCCAGGGUGGACUUAGGUUGUCUGACCUAGAAGCCUGUUACUUACGUUGCUUUGGCCACCCGCUGCGUGUCCACGAUUAUGGCUUCUACUCCAUUCGAGAGAUGCUGGAGGCAGCGGGGGAUAUGGUCCUCAUCCAGCAAGGCAGGUUUGGCUCAGUUCUUACCCUGAGACACCACAUGCUGCCCAGAGCUCUCCAGAGGAUGCCCCACUCACCGUACAGGACUGGACCGAUAAAGCCAGGAUUGCGUUUGCCUCACAUGUCAGCUUCCACAGUUCCAGACAUGGAAGUUCGAGUAUUAGAAGAACAUCCAGCUGAAGUUGCAGUGAGUCCGAGUCCUCUGAACCAACAAUCUGAGAAUAUAUUGAGCCCUGACCAUAAGGAAUCAGCCGACAGUAGCAAGCCAGAGAUGGUUGAGAAAAGCAGUGACACCAAACCAGAGCCCUGCCAAGACAGUCAGUGUUUUCAGAAACGUGUAAUCCAGCUAGAGGAGGAGCUUCGCCAGCAAAUCCUGGAGAAUGGACUUGCUGGCACCGUUAGUCAGGAGCUGAAGGAAAAGUUAAGCAAGGUUGUAAGUCAGACAGCUGGAGGAUUAUCAGUUCAUGAUCUACCUGCUGAGUACAAGAGACUCUUUGGUGAAGACUUGCCACUGAUACAGACUGGCUUUGUCAGCGUCACUGAACUUGUUGGUGCCCUGAGUGACAUUUUCCACUUGAUAGCAGCAGAAGACCACAAUGGACAACAUUGGAUAAUAAAGAGCAUACACGACACUGACAACACAAAAUCAGAUUCUGAUGAAAUUAAGACUCCUACUGAUACGUCAAAGUUGCCAGUUAUGAGUACACAGUCUUCUGGGGAAUGUACACCGGAGGAUAGUGAUGAGUUCACAGAAAAUGAUGAGAAUAAAGAGCUGGAGACUAGCAACGUUUCCAAGGUCAAAAAGGCAAUGUCUGAAAAGUACCCUCUCCUUUGGGUGCUGUGCUCUGAGUUGCCGCUGGAUGCCCUGCAGAAUCAGCAUCUCAAACCACCAACCCGCCACAAUGCUCGAGAAGUGGUGGCAGUCUUGGUGGAGCAGGUGGUGUCGCCUGGACAUUUUUACAUCCGUUUCACUGAGUGCGAGGAAGCCCAUGCUAUGGAGAACAUGAUGAUUGAGAUGAGACGAUGUUACACCUUUCCCGAGGUGUCGGAACGGUACCGCCUUCCUCAGCAAUUUAUCCGGCAAGGUCAGGUCUGCUGCGUGUCACCCAGAGGGAUGUGGUUCUAUCGAGUGGUUAUCCACGCAGUUAUCAGCUCCACUCAGGUUCAGGUGUACUACGUCGACUUUGGCGAUAUAGCAGUGGUUAAAAGUGCCGACCUCAAGUUUCUCAAGUCCAGUUAUUCUGUUCUUCCAGCACAAGCUGUUCCGUCAUCACUCACUGGAAUUAAGCCCACCUCAGGUAGCUGGACUUCUGAGGCCACCGCUGCUUUCAAGAAUCUGUGCUCUGAUCGCACCCUAGUGGGUGCCUUGGACUGCUACACUGGGGAUGUACUGCAGCUCUUCCUGUGUGACACACACACUGAUCAGGACAUCUAUAUCCAUGCUGUGCUGGUGAGCCAAGGCCACGGGACAACAUGCAGCCCUGCAGUCUCUGCAGAAUCUUGUGUUCAAGUCACACCAGUGAGUCUUUACUUGGGCAAGGGACUGACUGACCUGCCAGAGGUAGACAAGAAACUGAUUUCAUUUCCAAAAUCAGCAGAGUCUCCUGAACAGUCCACGGUGGCCACACUAAAGAUUGAAGAGGAAGAAAUACCCGCUUUGGAGUUAAUCGAGGAGGAUGAGAUUACUCCCUGCAUUCGGGGUAUGAAGGCUGACUCUUUCAGUGUUCAGCUGAAUGACCAGAACUUGAGCUGGAGUGAACCAGAGUCUUUGAGUAGUAGAUCUCCUCCUACUAGACCCCCAUGUCCAGCCUCAACUCCUAAUGCACCUCCAGAUCUGAUCCACACCAGCACAGCCCCAGCUGACAGUAAUGCUGACCCUAAAACACAGAUGGCGACUCCUACAUCAGCUACAUCCAGCACCACCUGCCACUUAGAUUGUCCUCCAAAGGAGGUGCAGCAACAGCCAAAAGUCACUGCCCCCUCAUCAGUCGAGCCUCCUUUGAUUCAGAGGACACCGGCCCCCCACACUCCUCACCAGGGUCAAAUCCAAAACUUCACACAAGGUUCACCUGUGUCUCCCUUCACCCUACGAAACCCUGGCAUCCUGUUUCCUCUGUUUGGGUCCAGACAGGCUGUGACUCCCACAUCUACCUCAACACAAAUUAUAAAUCAGCUGCAAAAAUUACUCACAACAACAAUGAAGGAAUAGCUGCUUCAGAGAAACAUUGAAGCUGGGAAAUCUUUUUGUUUUGGGAAGUUAAUUUUCAUGACAUUUUAAUGUUAAUUUGUUAAACUGUGUUAGACUAUGUUUGAUUAAGGUUAAUGUUGAUAAAGUAGCACUUUUCUAACAGUUCAUACAAGAAAAAUUACAGGGAAUGGAUGAUUCUUUCAAUGGGAAUAAGUUUUGUUAAGAGCUUCCUGAAUUUUCAAAGGCUAUUAAUGGUUUUAUUUACUAAUCCAUAUUAAUAUUGCUGUUUGAGACUGUUUAACAGUUUAAAGUGCUGUUAUGAUAUACACAAAGAAAAUAUUUAACUUAACUAAUCUAAUUUUAGUUUUGACAAUCUUAUUUGAUAGGAUGCUAUUUUUGUGUUUAAAUCUUAAAAAUUAGUGCUGCUUUCUACUCUUUUUGUCUUCAUGUUGCUGAAUCCAAUGAAGAUCUAAAUAUGACAUUAAAAACAUAAACAAAUCUU